CGUUGUUGCACCACGGACGGUUUUGUUCUGCGCACCCAAAUACGCGGCGCUGUAUUCGCGUGCUCAACAGUAUGGCUGCACAGAUGUCGACCACCAAGGUGCCCGAGGUCCGGGACAUCACACGGAUCGAGAGGAUCGGUGCUCAUUCCCACAUCCGUGGCCUUGGUUUAGAUGAUGCCUUGGAGCCAAGACAGGUGUCCCAGGGGAUGGUGGGCCAGUUGGCCUCUCGUCGGGCUGCGGGAGUCAUCCUGGAGAUGAUCAAGGACGGCCACAUCGCCGGAAGAGCUGUCCUCAUAGCGGGUCAACCCGGCACAGGAAAGACCGCUAUCGCCAUGGGUAUCGCCCAGGCUCUGGGCACCGACACGCCCUUCACUGCCAUGGCCGGCAGCGAGAUCUUCUCCCUGGAGAUGAGCAAGACGGAAGCACUGAGCCAGGCUUUCAGAAAGGCCAUGGGCGUGAGGAUCAAAGAGGAAACUGAGAUCAUCGAGGGAGAGGUGGUGGAGAUCCAGAUUGAUCGGCCCGCCACAGGGACGGGGGCCAAGGUGGGCAAGCUGACCCUGAAGACCACAGAGAUGGAGACCAUCUACGACCUGGGUAACAAGAUGAUCGAGAGCCUCAGCAAAGAGAAGGUUCAGGCUGGUGAUGUAAUAACCAUCGACAAGGCCACCGGCAAGAUCAGCAAGCUGGGUCGCUCCUUCACGAGAGCCAGGGACUACGACGCUAUGGGGGCGCAGACGCAGUUCGUGCAGUGUCCAGAAGGGGAGCUGCAGAAGAGGAAGGAGGUCGUGCACACGGUGUCCCUCCACGAGAUCGACGUCAUCAACAGCCGGACGCAGGGCUUCCUGGCGCUCUUCUCCGGGGACACGGGGGAGAUCAAGUCGGAGGUGCGCGAGCAGAUCAACGCCAAGGUGUCCGAGUGGAGGGAAGAGGGCAAAGCCGAGAUCAUCCCCGGGGUGUUGUUCAUCGACGAGGUGCAUAUGCUGGACAUGGAGUGCUUCUCCUUCCUGAACCGCGCGCUGGAGACCGACCUGUCCCCGGUCCUCAUCAUGGCCACCAACAGAGGCAUCACCAGGAUCCGAGGCACCAACUACCAGAGCCCCCACGGCAUCCCCAUCGACCUGCUGGACCGCCUGCUCAUCAUCGCCACCCAGCCCUACACCGAGAAGGAGACGCGGCAGAUCCUCAAGAUCAGGUGUGAGGAGGAGGACGUGGAGAUGAGCGAGGAGGCCCACACGGUGCUGACCCGUAUCGGCAUGGAGACGUCGCUGCGCUACGCCAUCCAGCUCAUCAGCACCGCCGGCCUGGUGUGUCGCAAGCGCAGGGGGACAGAGGUGCAGGUGGAGGACAUCAAGAGGGUGUACUCUCUGUUCCUGGACGAGGCCAGGUCCUCCCAGUACAUGAAGGAGUACCAGGACUCCUUCCUCUUCAAUGAAACGCAAGCACCUACAAUGGACACCUCCUAAUGAGCCUUUUGUACCGCCUAGGAUUUUUUCUUUUUGGCCAUUUGUUCAUCCGAUACCGCAGAGAAAACUGAAUGAUUGUGAAGUUGAAGAAGCAAGAGAAGAGGCAGAGUGUGUACUCAAGUUGUUAAACAUAAUUGGAAUUCCUCCAUCGGCACUUAACAUCAUCUCUAGUUUUGUCUCACUGUACCUAUUCAGUUGAAGUUAAUCCCCCGUUCUGUGUUCUUCCCAAGUCUUGUCAUUGUUAUCAGCGGGGCAGAGAUAUCAUUCCUUUCGUUUCCUGUUUGCCUUCAUUUAGCUGUAGUUUAUUUUGUAUGAAAUUUAUUAAAGGAAUCUUUUUCUGAAGUA